CAAGGAGGUGAGCAGAGAGCUACUGCGUUAACCCCACGGGCUCAUAAGAGCAAUAUUACCUGAUACAGUCUCACAGCAGAGCUAAGGCUCUAACUUGAACUUUUAUGUUUUAGUGAGACCACGUUCAACUUGACAACAAGUUCACUGCCAGCUUGGCUUUGCUGCAGUUUGGAGUUUUAAGGUGUCUCAUUUUAAUUUAUUUUACCUUUAUCAUGGAGUCCCAUUCCCUUCCUUUCCAAAGAGGUCAAGACAGCACUGUUUUACCCGUGGAAAGUGACCUGGUGCGUAAAGGACCCCGUCGCAAAAGGGAAUUCAUACCCGAGGAGAAAAAGGAUGCCCUCUAUUGGGAGAAACGUCGCAAGAACAAUGAGGCUGCCAAACGGUCGCGGGAGAAGAGGAGGUUGAACGACUAUGCGUUAGAGACCCAUCUCAUGGCUCUGAAAGAAGAAAAUGCUAGGCUUAGUGCUGAAUUGAUGGCCAUUAAGUUUCAGUUUGGCAUGGCCCAAUCCACGGUCUAUACAGGUCGCCAAAGCAACCAACUGCAACACCAAUCCCACAGCAUCGGCCAACCCAGCACCUAUAACCAAUCCCUGCAGGGGAACCCCUACUUGGGUGCCAGAGACUCUUCUGUUAUGCCCAGUCACCAGUCUUCCUAUCCGUUUUUAAUCCCUGCAUACGCUCUUCACACGAUGAGGGGCUAUUCUUACUUAAACGGAUCUGGUACUAGUGGAUCUAGUGUCCUAGCGCCUCUCGUACUUCAACAAAAUCUGCUACCACCCUAUUCGGCCCAUCCUAGAGCCCCUCUCCUGAAGCCCUUUCCCACCCGAGGUACCUCUGACGAAGAGGAGGAGCAGCAAGUGCCAGGGGUCCCGUGCAGAUCUGCUCCACUUCACAUAGCUAGCACGAGAAAGGACAGAAGUUCUCCACAAAGACAUUACAUCUCUGACUGAUAAACACUGAGGCAGUAUUUCCAUUGUGUGAACCCUGAUUGUCACAAAGCUUACUUUCAAUUUCUAUAAAUAUUGCUAAAAUAUUGCUAAAUAAAUCUGGGCCCAAUUUGUCUAAGUUGAUGCCACAACAUGCACACAUUAUUUAAAAGCAAACAGAGUAAAGAACUCACAAUGGAGACUCUUAGUGUAACAACAGCCUCUCAUCCAACAUAUCCAGCAGUGUGUGAUCUAACACGUUCUGCUAGAUAAUGCCCUUGAAACGUAUGUAAAUGUUUCAUUAAAAUAUGCUCUUUAUGCAUCUCUGACUACUUCAGCUUUGCAGUCUGUACUUGCUUUAGAAAAAUAGCUUUUAUAAAUAGUUGUGGUUUUAGACAUAACAUUGCUGCACAUCACAGAAUAAAAUAAGCAAUGAAUUACCUAAAGGGACUUUCAGCUGACCAAAUUUCUCCACAUAGUCUAAACAUUAACACAUUCAACAUGUCUGAAGGUUGAUCAAAAGUGACAACAGCAGUGUGUGCUUAGUAGCUGGAUGAACAUGACAGCUUAACCAGCAUCUGUUCAAAUUGAUUUGAGUACUUUAAAAUCUCUUUUCUAAAAUUUAAAAAUAAAAAGUUUUGUUCUAAACCCCUUAACAAUAGGCUAAAAUGUUGCUUCAGUUGAAAACCGUGAAGUAUGAUGACUAACACCUUUGGUUUUCUUGUGUGGGCACAUUUAGUCAUCUUUCCAAACCCCAUUAUCACAGUGUGCUUGCAUGUUUUCGAUUAAAUACAUACAGGAAUUAUAUUAGGUUGUUAGGAUAUAGAUAAAACUGUGAAAUAUCUGCACUUUUUUUGUCACCUGUCCAAAUUCUUUAGGGGGCUUGUGUUUUUCUUUAACUUUAGAAACACACAGGUAAACUAGGAUAUUAUUGAAAAGUUCAUUUAUUUUAUUGAUUAAGCUAAAAAAAAGUGAACAUUGUAUAUAAAAUAGAUUCAAGUUACAUUUCAAGGGUUUAUUCUGUUAUGAUUUUAAGCUAAUGAAGACUCAAAAUUCAGUUUCUUGGACACCUAUAGAUUAUUACCAGACACCAGUUAAAAACAGUUUUUUAGUACAGAAAUGCUACGAUAUGACCCACACAAUCACAGUGAAAACUGGUGUCAUUGCUGCCCACUAUAAGUACAAUAGAUUCAAAAGGUCUUUGCUAAAGAAGCUGGUUGUUCAGAGUACUGUAUACAAUCACGUUAAGGGAAAGUUGAGUGGAAGGUAGAAAACAGUUUCACAAGCAACAGGGAGAACAGCAGCCUCAGGAGGAUUAUGAAACAAAGCCCAAGAGUUUAGGAGAGUCACAAGUUGUGGACUGUAGGUGUAUCCAGUAAUUGGGUUCUGUUAAGCCACUGCUUUACCAGAGACAAAUUUAGAAGUGUCUUACUUGAGCUAAGAAGAAAAAAGACUGGGCUGCUGCUCAGUGGAUCAAAGUCCUGAUUUAAAACGAAGAAGAGUUUUGUAUUUCAUUUGGACACCAGGAUCCCAGUGUUAGUGGGAAGAGUGAAGAGUCACAGCUUCUAAUUUCUGACAUUAUGUCCUCUGCUGGUGUUCAUUCACUGGGUUUUAUCAAGUCCAAGGUUGGCACAGCCAGCUACCAAGACAUUUUUGCAGCACUUCAUGAUUCCCCCUGUUAAUAAACUUUAUUGAGAUGCUACUUUCAUUUUUCAGCAGGACUCUGCACCUUCCCGCACUGCCUAAAGGGACCAGUACCUGCUUAAUAUCAUGAUGUCACUGUGCCCGACUGGUCAGAAAACUGAUCAACUGGGUGCAAUUAAAGCAACCUUUACUUAUCUAACACCUCCCCAGAGCCAAUGGCCGUUUGCCUCCAUUCCAAGAAGUGUUGAGAGUAUACACUGUAAAGUCCGUGGAAAUAGCUUUCAGUCAGCUGAGAUUUCUGUAUUAAAAAUCACUUUGUGUUUAGUCGUCUGUAAUAUUGUAACUCUCUAAGAAACCGAAUUUUGGAUUUCUAUUAGCUAUAAGCCAUAAUCAUCCAAAUUAGCAGAAAAUUGUGCUUGAAGUGUA